AUGCAUCGUUUCAGUUCAAAUGAGAUGAAGGUAAGUGGCAGUAAUCCGCGGGCAAAUGACUGGACCUCCUACGUUCCAAACGGUGGUUUCGGCGUCAAACGACCUCCAGCCUUGGUGGGUCUAGGUCCAAGCCCUAUAGCCGUAAAUUUUUUGCAAGAGGAACUAGGACAUACAAUGUCAAGAAGGGGCGUUGAUUUUGCCUUCAUGAAUCGCUCCACUCAGGCUUCCAAACUUUCGGCCUAUGGGACUGAAAGAUCGGCUCAAUCAGAUGCCAAUUGGGGAAUGGAGAUGAAGGGCCUCAUGGGUCUUGAGAGUGGGGAAUUCGAUUUGCAACGUGGUGACGAAAAUGAGGACAAUCAGGCUAUCCAAGCCCUAGCGGAUCUUUUCACCUGUCCGGCGACAACGUUUCCCUUGAGUGUUGGUCUCUUCUAUGACUCAGUCAACUCAAAGAAAACACCAAAUUUGCCGAGCUCUUCCCUGACAGAACUGGAAGGCCAAUGCUCUGAUGAAGUUAAUAAUAUACCCCUCUCACCUCGACUACCAGAUAAUAAUACUAACACGAAUAUUUAUAAACCGCUUCUUACCAUUCAGAUGGUCCAAUUAGUUAAAUACCAUCCCACUAAACUGCCCAAUCAAUGUUUGAAAAGUGUUAAUUGUUAUGCACAUUCAUUAUAUUUUGCAUUUGUGCACACUUCAGAGGACAUACGGAUAUUGCUACGCCUCAACACCAAAACCCUUCCAACAUUCUGUGCUCCACUGGUCUUAGUUCCUACUUUGAUCAUUUUCCUCUUCUCUUAUCUCCUGGCAAUUGCGGUGAGAUUUGAAGUUGGUCUUUCAUUGGGCAUCCUAGGCAUUUGCAUGCAUUUCCUAAUUUUACGGUUAGAGUUUUAUGGGCAAGAGGAGGAGGAGGAGGAGGAGGAGCAGGAGGAGGAGGAGGACUCGCUAGUAUUACUCACGCUCCAGACUAUCAGCUAUCGUCUUUCCCAGUCCCCUAACACACCUCACCUAGUUCUGACACUCAUUCAACUUAUGUGGCUAGCGAUGGAACGUCAGUACAAUCCCAUAGUGGUUCGACUUCAGCGAUUUAUGCAUACGAGUACCUUACCACUGUCAACCAAACGAGCCUAUAAGCGAAUAUGCUGCCUACCUGCCUUCGUGGUAGUAAUUCUCCUCACUGUCUCAAUAUUAAUAGACCUCCUUUUACUGCGAAUAUUCGACUUUAACCCUAUGGAGAUGCUCCUUGACAUGCGAGUGCUGCCAAUUUUUGUGGUAAUGAGCUCAAUAAUCUUCCUUGGAUUCUGUGCUUCAGUGCCCUCCGUUGUCAACGCUGUAUUUGUCUACCUCUAUCGACCCAAAACUCCCCUAGACAAAGCCAUUGAAAUGUACUCUACAAGUGGAGGUCGCCUACCCGGAAAACAUAAAAAGAAAUUCCACUUGAUGGAUACUCUAACUGCGAGGAUUAAUAGUGAAAGUGAUGGAACAAAACCAAAUGGGAAUUGCUUUCAAAGUAGUCUGGAGGUGGCUGAUGUUCUACCAGUCACUUCUUCCUGUGAAGUGGAUAUUCUGGCCAAGAAAGAGUUUGCUAAUAUCUGUGAAAUGAUACAUGCCUUCAACUUCUACCUUCAGGGGAUGGAACAGACUAGGCUAGUGGUCAUGAUAGAUGCCACAGAUAUCACUUCACCUACCCAGUUAGCCGGAGUCUUCUAUCAGGUUCACAGUCUUUUGCUCACUCAACCAAAUGCGCCUGUCGCUGUUGUCAUUGCUACUAAUCUUGCCGCCUUUUACGAAAAGCCUUCAUGUACUCCCAAUCCAAACGACACAGUCUUCCAAGAGAGUCGAGCUAGUGAGUCCAUUGAAGCUCUCAAUCUCCUACGAAGUAUCAGUGAUUGCAAUCAUUUGGUACUAUUCAGCAUUCAGCUCCCUAUCUUCUUGGAUUCCAAAACCGUGAAAGCUGACUCUUCCGCAAUCAAGCGACUACCAGGAGCUAGCAAUCUUGUCACACUAUUUCAGAACUCGUCGAAUACCACCCCUGUUACACCAAAUUUUUCCUCAAUAGGACUAGAGGAGACAAAUGGAGAGCCGCUUCGAAGAGCUCGCUCAAAAACUAGUGAAUUAGGAGCCACUCCUCGAGAAGCAAUCAGCGAGCCGAACUCCGUUAUGAAAUCCGCCACGUCGAACACAAGUUUGAACGCUCAAAACCAACAAACACAACAGGCAAGCAAUAGCAGUGCUCCUUCAACUGUUGUGAAAAGCGUUAAUAAUUCAAGGAUGACCACAAUAAAGGCCGCAGCGAAAGGCAUUGCUGAAAUCUUCCUUGCCAGUGAGGAAAUUGCUGAACAAAAUGUACCUGUCAUACGCUCUCUAGUAGCUGAAACUGCCUUCACUAAUCGCCUAAUCAAAUUGAAGUCCACAAACAUAUCAAUCAAGCAGCUAGUGAAUUGGAUUUAUUUAACUCAACACUGGCCGUUCCACAUGACUUGGAUGACUAUUCUCCUGGAGGAAGAGGGGUUAGAUGCUCCUGCUUCAAAGGAGUCGGUUGAAGAAAGUGUCUCCUCACCCCUUCGAGUGAAUCCAAAUCCUCUCUCUUCGCUGGUUUCAAAGACGCUGGAGGAGGUUUCCGCUUUGCCACCCAUAGGAUCAAUUCUCUCGGGGGAUGAUCGCGAUCCGGCAAAAUUGCUCACUUUUGUUCUAAAUCAAAUUGACUGCCAAUAUUCACGUGAUGAUCUGUGGCAACUGAUCGACAAUAGCCUCUUUCUCAAUCCCAUUCUCCGUGCCUGUGUCAAAGAUUUUAUCGAAGUUAGUGACAUCUGUCAGGUUAUUCAUUUAAUGAUCACGUUUUCUAGGAUUGCAAAUCUUGAAUAUACACUGGCUUUAGAUCGUUUUCUUGUGCUUAUUCACUUUUGUCUGAACAAACCUCAAAAAGUUCGAAGAAACUGCUUGAUACUAACCAAGAUAACUUCUAUUGAAACCGAGCUAACCAGAGUUCACUUUAAGGAAACGCAAAAUAUAACUGAUUUUGUCUUACCGAACUUAUCUUUUGCAGAGAUCCGUGAAAUCUGUUUUGGCGAAGGCGGGGAAGAAACUAAAAAUGCUGAGCUGGAUCUUUCUCAGUCAAACGCAAAUAUUACUAAUGGGAAAGCACAAAAGGCUCGAAGAGAUUUUUAUGUGACGGCUCCUGUUCCUCAGUCAUUUGAAACUCUUUCUCAGUGCUACGAUUCCAACAUUAACGGUCGAUCAAGAGCAGCGGUGGCAACUGCAAUAGCUCCAACAAACAACAAUGACUCAUCGGGGGAUACAAGAUCACCACUUCCCAUAUCGCUGGACUCUGAACAACUUGAAAAAGGGCUGUGCUAUGCAAAUCCAUUAAACUUGCCCAUCUUUCCAUCAUGCCCAAUACGGCUUAAGAGCAAUAUCCCAAUGGUGGAGCUGAGCAAAAUGAACAUGGAUGACGUCUGUCUACUGCUAUCAGCAAUUUCUGAUAUACCAGCCGGGAAUUGCUCCACCUACCAAACGCAUGUUAGACGUCAAAACAUUAACGGACAAGUGCUAUCAGUAUGCGAUCUUACAAAACUUCGAUCAGAGCUUCAGAUGAGCUUUGGAGAUUGGCAACUUUUCAAAACGUUCAUAGUGUACCUUCGCAGUCUGGAGGUGGGCAUUGCGGAGAGAUCACGAAAUAGCCAGACAGCCAGUUUUGCCGGCGAUAUUAAAUCACAUCAUGGAUCCCUCCCUAUAUCAUCCCAGUAUCCAUAUUCCCAAGUUUUGGUUUCCCAUUCUCCAUUCGUACUUUGUAACGAACAGUCACAACCAAGGGGUAAGAAUAUGUUUGACGUUCCUGUAUUAGUACAGCCGGUUCCUCUUGAAAGCAAUGUGGCCAACCUUCGCCAGAACACAGACCGAACAACAAGUGAUUUCUCCUUUGGAAGUGGAACUGAUGAGUUUGAAUUAGCAUGGCGUCGUGAUGCUAAACCAGAUUCUCUCAAUGGUAAUUCAAAAUAUCAGCAAGUAAGUAGGGAUGUGACAUCUCGACACUACUCUGGCCAUGGUAACCCAGUAUGUGCGGAACCUGCUGAUCGACUCAGUAAAUCUACUCACGAUCUUCGAACACCAAACACCUCAAGACGAUCUCAAGGGCAUUCUUCGUUAUCUAAAACUGAUGAAAAGCGGGUUGAAAGACCAAUACGAAGGACAGAUAAGCCAACUCAAGUAUUUCACUCAACUUCAAGUGCAUCUGAUCAGUUGGUGCAGAUGGUUCCGGCAUAUAUCUCUAGAGCUCCUGAAACAAGUGGGAUGAUUCCAGUGUGGUAUCCAACUCUCCCCUGUGUCGGUGAAGCUAACAAACCGCAGGAACCGCUUCAUGCUGAAGACGACUACUCCUCUGAUUCCUCCAGUGCGUCUAUGGAUGGGACGUAUGAUUUUCCAAGUGAAUAUUCGAGUGGAGAUAGGCACAGUCAACAGCAAAGGCAAUCCUACCGUCGACAGCAAUGCCCCCCUAGUUGCCCACAUAGUCAUCAAGGCCGUAGAAGGCGUCGAAAGUCAUCAAGAUCUAGUCGAUCUUCUAAUAGAACUGCUCAAAGAUCGUCAAGCAGACGAAGUUCUCUGGGCCGUUGCAGUCAAAAGAGCGCUGAGGGAUGUACAUGUGAUUACUUUCUUUACCAAGAGGGUCAGUCACCCAGAAGUAGUACCACAGUCAACCCUUGGACGACCCGUUCACCUAGAAAAAUUUCCUCUCCAGAUCUUUCCGAUAUUGAAGCCAUGACAAGCAGUUAG